AUGACCAAGCCAAGCAUCCUCGUCGUCACCCUUGCGCUCCUGCUGGUCGGGGUCGCUUCGACUGCACCCACCACGGGAGGCUCCGGCCAGGGCUCGAGGGUCCUAGCCACAGAGCCGCGGUCUCCUCGCUCGUCGCACCAGCAGGUCUUUGCCUGGAUCUCUGGCGGCCCAGACGACGCAACAGACGGCGCCGACGAGCGCCAAGGCUCGACCAACCACUUCGACCUGGUCAACCUUGAUGCCCCUUCGAGCCCCAGCGAUGCCGAUGGCCGCAGUGCCCUACGAGCGGGCGACGUCCAACGGCAGGGUCAGAUCUUUCUCAUCCGCCACGGCGAGAAGGUCAAGCACGACAAGACGGGCCUGUCGCCCAAGGGCAAGCAGAGGGCCAAGUGCAUCAAGCGCAAGUUUUCCAAGGGCCAGCGCAAGGUCGACUUUAUCAUCACCCAGAGCUUCCUCGAGAAUGGCCGACGCAAGCGCCCUUUUUGGACGGUCGAGCCGCUGGCGCGCAAGCUGGGCGUGUCGAUUCACCAUGGCUGCGACCGCGACGACGCCGCCUGCGCCGCGAGGAUCGCGCUGAGGCAGGCGAGGCAGGGUCAGAAUGUGCUCAUCUCGUGGGAGCACAAGAGGCUGACGGACAUUGGCAAGGCGCUCGGGGUGCGCGGCAUCGAGUACCCCGAGGACCGCUUCGACGUGCUGUACACGCUGCAGCUGCGGCGCGACGGUCUCAAGGGAGGCCCGCUGAAGCUAAGCGACGUCGUGUCGGAGCAGUGCAGCGGGCUGGACCGCAAGUACCGAAAGUGGAAGCCAGGAAAGCACAAGGGCGGCGGCCUGGGCAAGGACGCCGUGUGGCCCGACGCCCUGGACGACGAAGACGAGGCCGAUUCUGUCGACGAGGCCGAUUGA